UCGCAAAUAUCGCGCAUGCGUAGACGAUCACAACUGUGAUUAAUCAUGUUGUGUUACCUUCAGAAGCAAACUGAAUACAGUAUUGAAAUAAGUUUCCUGCCAAUCACUUCAUCUCAUCGCUCUCAAACUCAGCGUCGCAGAUAUUACAAGAGCAGGAGUUCGUUGCUUCGUCUCUUGAAAAUGCUUGCCGGGCGAUUCCUAGCCUUGCACGCACACAAAAUUGUGGUUCGCCGAAAUUUCAGUGGGGCUGCAAACCUGAAACAAUUAAACAAUGAACGAAAUCAGAAUCGAAUACCAAAAAUUCUUAUCACUGGUGGACUAGGCCAGCUCGGAUCUGAAUGUGCGAAACUUCUACGUAAAAAAUAUGGAAAAGAAAACGUAAUACUUUCUGACAUUAUCAAACCGAGCGACGAAGGGCUUCGAAGUGGACCCUUCAUUUUUGCUGACAUUUUGGACUUCAAAGGGUUACAAAAAAUAGUUGUUAAUCAUCGAGUUGAUUGGCUAAUACAUUUUAGCGCUCUUCUCAGCGCCGUUGGUGAACAAAAUGUUCCCUUGGCUGUCAGAGUGAACAUAGAAGGAAUGCACAACGUCAUUGAACUAGCUAAACAAUACAACUUGCGCAUAUUCGUUCCAUCAACAAUCGGUGCAUUUGGACCUGAAUCUCCUCGAAAUCCGACGCCAAAUGUUACCAUUCAACGUCCACGGACCAUCUAUGGCGUCAGCAAAGUCCACGCAGAAUUACUUGGAGAAUAUUAUUAUCACCGGUUCGGUCUCGACUUCCGGUGUCUCAGGUUCCCAGGUGUCAUCAGCAGCGAUCCACCGAGUGGUGGAACGACCGAUUAUGCGGUCUCGGUAUUCCACGAGGGAAUGCGUACCGGUAAAUACGAAUGUUAUUUAGAACCGCACACGAGAAUGCCGAUGAUGUACAUCGAGGACUGUCUGAACGCGCUUUUACAAUUUUUAAAUGCACCGGACGAACUGCUGCGCAGAAGAGUGUAUAACGUAACUGCGAUGAGCUUUACUCCUGAGGAACUCUUCAGCGAGAUAAAAAAACACGUUCCUAACUUACAAAUUACGUACAAACCUGAUAGUCGACAACUCAUCGCCGAUUCCUGGCCCCAAGUGUUCGAUGACAGUGAGGCUCGACAGGAUUGGGGUUGGCAACACAAAUACGACAUCAGCGGCCUUGUAUCAUUAAUGGUUCGGGAUGUUAAUCAAAAUUGGCUCGGGAAAAACGGUGAGCAGCGGAAAGAAAAUGGCUACGUCUAACGAGCUUGCAAUAAAGCUCUUGCAAUAAAUGAAAAAAAAAGUCUUGGUUUUCGCUCGCAUCUCGAAUUCGGCAUACGAAUUCAACGACGGUAUACCUAUAGGCGCUUUCUGCUAUCGCAUGAGCUAUGGAGCGUAUUACUUCGAAGUAUCCACUGAUUACUGACCUGCCGCAAAAAACGAGCGACCGGUAGGUUACUUCACUGAUUUACUUACUCGUCUAAGAAAUUGACAAAAUCAGUAAAUUAGAAUAACGAUGAUUUUCUGAGAAUAUAAUAGCUCGGAAUAAUCGAUCAAUUGUAGGAAGCAAAAAUUUCUUUAUCUAUAUAAUUUAACAUUUUCAAUUUUUAUUUGUAAUAUACUAGUUUUUAAAAAAAUGUUAGUACAUUUGUUUGUAUGGUAAAUUUUAACCUCCAUUUUAUUUAUGAUAUGUACGUACCAAUAAUAAAACAGAUAGUUUAUUUUUUA